AUGCCGCCGCGAUACUUCAAGAACGACGCGCCGUCGGCGCGGCGAGGUAAAGGACUCCAGAUCCGCAGUCUCGUGCGAGAGGAGCUGCUAAUCGUGCGAAUCAGAUCCCCGUCGUCAACUCGAAGCGUCCCUCACACGACUCGUCAACGAAUACCCGCCAGCCGAGUGCAAGCCUGGCGGCGGCCUGUUCAAAGGGCCUGUGAGCGUCGCAUACGUCUUUCUCGUCCUCCAACAGAUGUACCCCGACCUCGUCAUCGAAGGACAUGCCCUGGGAACAUGGAGUGCUGCAUACCUGAAGCAAGCACAGGAUAACAUCGCGACCUAUCCUGGCCCGCAGAUCGGAAAGUGUGGAAUCACAGAUGAUAUCUUGAGUUUACUGGCGAUCGGAGCGGCUUCGAGUAAAGAUGCGGAAAUGGCUGCGAAUCUUUGCGAUUAUUCGGCCGAAGCGAUUGAUCCCGAAACCGAGAAUGAGCUGCUGUUUGGACGGGCUGGAUACCUCUACCUCCUACGGCUUGUGAAGGCGAGUUUCAUGGACGAUGCGAAGACUUUGCAGCUCAUCACGGACACGCAGGAUGAUGUGAUCGACGCCAUUCUGGAUUCGCCGCGACCGUGGAAAUGGCGAGGGAAGACGUACAUUGGAGCUGUGCAUGGACUCAUCGGCAUCAUCACGCAGAUUGUCCUGACGAAUCCGCAGAAGUAUGCGGAGAAGAUGGAGACGGAUCUGGCGGUGUUGCUGACGUAUCAGUUCGAGACGGGCAAUUUCCCCAGCAGCGUACCGGUGGAGAAGGACCGUCUGGUGCAGGUCUGCCAUGGCGCUCCAGGAGUCGUCAUCUCGUUACUCAGCAUCAAGGAGCAUUUCCCGAAUCUGACGGGUCGAAUCGAGAAAGCGAUUGCGAGGGGUAGGGAGUGCGUGUUGGAGCGCGGAUUGCUCACUAAGGAGCCGUGUCUCUGCCAUGGCAUCUCUGGAAACGCGCUUGCUCUGGAGACGAAGGAGUUUGAGCAUUUCCUCACCUACACGACUGGGCACGAGAUGAAGUCGAUGGAGAAGGACGGCAUGCUGGAAAAGUCGUCUGCUCCAGAGAGUCUCUGGUUCGGCGAGGCCGGGCGCGCGUGGACGUGGGCUGUGGCGGAUCAGGAGCUGCCGAAGAGAAUUCUGGGCUACAACGAUUUGUGA